AUGGAACAUAAAACACCAACAAAUAUAUGUGCAACCAAAUUACUUAAUCCCAAUCCAGUUCAUCACAGACAGACACAAUUUGGAACUUUACCAUCAGGUUCGUACCUCUCAUGUCAGUGUUCAGUUAUGCCACCUGAUUUUACAGUAUACUAUAGCAUUGACAGAUCAGAUGGAAAAGAGUACCCAUUGUAUCUAAGAUAUCCACAAUUUCCAUUCCAAUCAUUGGAAAAUGUUAUAGACACUUUUACCAAGGAUAUUCAUAUUGUUGAAAUAAAGAAAAACAAUAUUUUAGAAAAUUUAAAAUCCCACUCCGAAGAUGUUAACUUGAUUGAAACGAGUACAAGAAAUCAAGCUGAUGAUCCGAACUGGUUUUUAUACCGCAAGAACAGAUUUACAGCAUCUUUAUGUAACAAAUUGGGUAAAACUGGACGAAAAACUGAAAAAUCUUCGAAGACAUUAGCCCAUAACAUUGUGACAGGGAGUAAAAAAAAUGUGAACAGGAUUAUGAAAAUGAAAAUGGAGUACGGUCGAUUUUACGAACCCAUAGCAAUCCAACAUUAUGAGCGAUAUAUGAAGUUGAAGAAUUUUAACAUAACUGUAGAACAAUCAGGUUUAGUCAUUGAUCCGAUCAAUUUUGUGUUGGGUGCUACACCUGAUGGUAAAGUUAUAUGUGAUGAAUGUUUUGGUAUAUUGGAGGUGAAAUGCAGCGAACAGUACAGGGAUGUUGAUCCAAAAACAAUUUGCCACAUUUCACCAAACCCGUGUAUAGUUUACAACAAAGAAAACAAUCAAAUUACUAUAAAUAAAAACCACACGUAUUAUGACCAAGUACAAAUGCAACUUGCUAUAACAACACGCACAUGGUGUGACUUCGUAUUUUAUACAUCGAAAGGAUUAGCCAUUGACAGAGUUCCCUUUGACACAGAAUAUUGGGAUACAUUGCAGCACCGAAUCUUGAAAUUUUAUUUUACGUACAUGUUACCCGAAAUUGUGGAAUUAGAGGAAUGAACCUAUCUAGAUAUUUUUAUAUACUUUAUAUAUAAAUAUAAAUAAGUACUUGAAACAUAUCAUAACCUUGUAAAAUAUGAAAUAUACUUCAAAGUGAUAUUUUUU